AUGGCAGUCCGAGCAGAAAGCACCACAUCUGGCAUCUACCCGUCCGGCAGCAUCGCUGUGUGCCAGAGUUGCUCAUGUCCGCCUCACGGAGGCUUCUGCACCAACGUGUUCGCCGACACCCAGCACCCCGUCACACUGAUGACCAUUUCACCUUUUGGACAUGGGGCUGUUACAAAUCCUCUCUACUCCACCAUCACAGCCGUGUGGGAUCAGGGAGGCGGGUUGAUGUUUGAUGAUUAUGGCAACAUAACCAAGGAGUGGAGCUGGCAGACAUAUCACACACUGAGGGGGGAAAUUAUCAUACAGACAGAGAACAAAUUGUUCUCUGUUGCUGCUCAGGAGCUGCAGCAGCCAAAAAGGCAGAAACAUCCUGCAGGAGUACCAGAGAGCAAACGCAGCCUGGGGAAAACACUUAUGGUUAAAGAAGAGGAGCAGCAGGUGGAGCCAUUAGCUCUGUGGCGAAGACGAGGAAAUGCCGCGAGGGAGCUGCAGAGGAUGCAGCAAAGAAUGCGAAACACAGUGGAGACCUGGCUGGACUGCUACCGUACUGCCAUCGGUAUCAAGUGUCCUGACACGGAGCCACUGCCAGGGGCCCAAAAGUGGACCCGGCAGAGAAGAGCAGUGCAGCUUGCUGCUCUGCCCUCACUGAACUCACCUGAAUGCAAGAAAGCUGCACAGUUGCAUGCUGGGAGACGCAGGAGGGAUGAGCUCAGAGAGAACCACAGAGGCCUCUCAGCAGAGAAACCUCGGGGCCGCUUUGUCCAGAUACAAAGGACACUUGAGAAGCAAGGCAGAAACACGUCCCCUGUCACGCAGAUCGGACCCCUUCGGAUCCACGGUGACAUCAAACCGGAGUCGGUGAUUCUUUCACACCCUGCCGGGUCUGAAGCUUCACCCAUCUGCAGUCAGACAGCUAUGGUACCUCUUGCUCCCUCCAUCCCUCUCACAACCUGCCCUGCUCUGCUGAGAGCUGCCCUGCAGGGGGAGGAGCGGCAGAGGAGGAGGUGCUGCUGCAGUGCAACGCAGAUGCCGGUGGUCACUGACCUAGAGUAUGAUGCUUUCAUUACGGGUCAGCCUCUUCACAGCAAACAGAUACUGGUGGUAUGUGUUACGCCACGUCAGCAGCCUGUUAACAAACACGCAGCAACCAGGUGGGAUGCUCUGGACGAUCUCUACAGGAGGAGGAACAAGCGCAGAACCAUGCCAUGCACUGAGUGCCAGAUGGACUCUUUUCGCCUGGUCAGGUACGAGAUGUCGGCCGGAUUGGCAGGCUCCGGGCCUGAGAACGUUCUGCUGCAACAGCGACAUGAUGCUGCUCCUGGGAUGUUCUUGAUGUACCUCAAUGGGAAGCUGCUGUUUUCGAGCCACUUGUUCAGUGAUGACAGCUUCUCUGUCAAGGAUCUUCAGACGCAAAUUUGCAGAAGCAGGAAAGAACACAGACUGGGUUUGAGUCUCCCUACAGACCAAAACUCCAGGUAUCACUGCAGGGACUGGGUCACAGGGGCAGACGUCUCAGUAGAGACUCCCAGACUUCCCCUUCCCCAGAAACCUCCUCCAGCUCUGCUGGGGGAAGCCAGAGGUUCCCCCCAUGCCAGCCGACCGACCUUGUCCCUCCAGCGUAUCCUGAUCAUCCUCUGGGCCUCCUCCUGGUGGAAUGUGCCUGGAAAAACCUCCUGA